AUGUUGCCUGCAGACCGGGAAUAUCCCACACAGGCCUCAUUGUCUUUUCCAGCACACAGUCGUACAUUUGUGGCAGGGGCGGGCACAGACCACAUGGUGCCACUUCUUUUGUCGAGCACAGAACGGCGCAACGGAUUCCCAUCUCUGGACAUGCUGCACGGUGUGCUUGUCCACAAUCCUAGCCACGGCUCCGCGGUUCUGGAAACUAUUGACAACGGACACUAUUUCAUCCCGCCUCGGUCUACCUUUAUUUGCUCAACCUUGCAGUCUGGACAGUCAGCCUUGUCGGCUUGGCAGCAUCUGGCUUCCUCAAAUGGAUUUGAUCUGAUCCUCAUGGAUCCGCCAUGGGCCAACCGGUCAGUGCGGCAUUCUGGUCAUUACAGAUCCGCCGAGGACCAGAACUGUGACCCGUUUGGGCAAGCCGCCCAGAUCGUAGAGACCAGUUUGUCCAGCCAAGGGCUCGUUGCGAUCUGGAUCACAAACAAAGCCUCUCUCCGCGCCAAUGUGGUCCAGACCCUCGGGGCGAUGGGAUUUUGCGUGGAUGAAGAAUGGAUAUGGAUCAAAGUUACGGCACAUGGCCAGCCCGUUACGCCUUUGGACGGGCUAUGGAGGAGACCGUACGAGGUACUCUUGUUGUUUCGAAAGCGACAUUCGGAUGUGAACCCUCGUCGUCGCAUUAUUGCGGCGGUGCCUGAUCUUCACUCGAGAAAACCAUGCAUGAAAGCGUUGCUCCAAGACCUUCUGCCUCCACAACCACAAGUGCUUGAACUCUUUGCCAGAAACCUGACGGCUGGGUGGUGUUCAUGGGGCGAUGAGGUCCUCAAGUUUCAGCACGAGAGCCACUGGGUCGGACCAGAAGAGGCAUGA